CAUCGUUGCCUCUUGUCGCCAAUACCUUCAUUCCGACUCUCUAUCCUUCUGAAAAGCGCUAUUUAGCAGCAUGCUUACGAUAAUGAGAAACGUUCUAAUGCUCGUGACUCUCUGCGGUGGAGCUUUUGCCUCGCCUCUGCUGGCUGAUGACAGAAUCAUCGCAAGAUCGCCCCACAACGCCCUCCCGCCAAGCGGCAACGGCAAGCUCGAGCGCCGUACAUCGCCAGCUCGUGGUCCCAACGUCGAUUGUCACUUCAUAAUCAGCGAUAGCAGCUUUACACCUGUCUUUGCUUUCAAUUUCGGCUAUUACGUCAGACAGGACGAUGGCAUGGACAUCAUUCAUUAUGAUGGAGUUUCCGUCAAGGCAUAUAGUACCGGGCAGUCACCUGAUCACAAGACGAUCCAACACUGCUUCAGAUUCGCCAAGAACGACGACUGGAUCGUUCUCUGCUUUCGUUUCCUCCAUGGCGCACCCCUGGUGACGAGCUGGUACUUUGAUCAGUUCUACACGACAGAGACAAAGAACGACUUUGAGCAGAUCGGGACUAUCACGUGCGUACCAACGGCCGACUGCCUGCGCACCAAUUCAAUUGCAUUGCACAGAAUCUCGACUGGACCUCUAACCAAUUUCCUACAGCGCGAUAACAACAGCUACUAGUCCAUGUAGACACGACCACUUGUCGAGAAAGCCGCACCGACUGCAAUGCAUCGCUGCCUUCCGUGUCGACGAUACCGGGGAGGCGUUCAAUCUGUUGCUGCUUGCGUGUUCGAUCCAAGGAGCUCUGGCGACGUGCUUGACGACGGAGACUUUCCGUGACAUGGAUAUUUGUCUUAUUCCUACCACGGCUUCCAAGGUCAAGAUGCGCUCGAUAGCUCUUACAGUACUCGCUCUCAUCGCUGCUGCUCUUGCAGUACCCAGCACGCCCGAGCAUAGCUCUGACCUGAAGGCUCGCCCGCUUGACGACGC